AUGUUUGCGGGUGCCGCUCCUGCCCGCACUGUGUCAAGAUCCUCAGAAAAGGACCAAGCCUACACCAGAGUGAGUGGUGACGAGGAGGCUGUAGAUGCGGAUGAAUGCACAGAUGCAGAUUGUGGCAUGUCAGAGACCAAGCACGAGAAGUGGACUUUUGUCGGCAACGGAAGGGGUCACUACAAGAGGAGCGACCAGAUGUUGUUCGUCGGAGAUGGGCAGGGCAACUACGAGAAAGAGGAGGUAAGAACUCGUGGGGGCUCAUGCUGGAGGAUCCUGGCCUUGGUUGCCCUUAUCGCAAUUGUGCUGGGCUACCUGAUCGGAGCUUUGCUGAUCCGGAGGAGCCCCUUUCACGAUGAGACCGUGACAUACAGUUGUCGUGGCACUGCGGCGCAGUGGCUGAUUGAAGAGCGCGACUGGUGCUGCUCGGAGAGGGGGAUCGGCUGCUGGGCGACCACAUCACCUCCUGAAUUCGAUUGCAAAGCAGAUCAAGACCAAUGGGAUGUCUCUUGGUCCGUGCCAAAGAAGCACUUCUGCUGCAGCUUCGUUGCCAUCGGCUGUGAUGAGUUCGAUUGCCAACUGCAGCUUCAGCAGUGGAGGACGUCUUGGUCAGUGGCAAAGAAGAGGUUUUGUUGCGACAAGGAACUUUUUGGUUGCGACACAUGCGACAGAUCUUGCGAGACCAACGGGCAGACUGCAUCGUGCGAAGAACGUGCGGCCGACCUCUUUGCAGAGGUUGGAAAUUGCAGUCGUGCCCGUGAAGAAGUCCUGCAGCGGUGUCCAUCGUGCAAGGGGUGCCGUAUGGAAGACCUGAGCUGCCACUACAGAAAGCCGCAGGCCGCCAAGGCAGCAAAGGUCGAACCCAAAGAACGAUCCCAUCGGCCCGGGGAAGAGGUGGAGAAAGCGGAGACGACGACAAGCCCGGCAGCCAGAGUCACGGCGAUGGCGGCGACGGCUGACGUGUGCGAGAAGCCUCCGAAAGUGGGCUUCAUGUGGACACGACAGGAUGGACUGUGGCGGCUGAGCAAGGUGCCUUUCUCUGGCAAGGCUCCGGACAUCGCGGCCGGAUCUGGCUUCAUGUGGCAUCGAUCGGCCGAUGGCUGGAAACAGGUAUGCAUUCCGCAUGCACGGCACGUGUCACCGCCGACCACCCCGGCCGGCGAUGGCUUCAUGUGGGAGCAGACUCCCGAACCUCACGGAGGCAGGAUUUGGGCACAAGUUCCCCUCAGAGUCAAGCUUCUGCAAGGCAUAUCUGUCCCUCAGCAUGCGGCGGGCGUCGGCUAUAUGUUCCAUCGCUCCACGGAUGGCUGGCAGCAGGUUCUAGCCCCAGAGAGUUUGAGCCACCGGCAGCGUCCCUGCGAGCGCCGAGCCGGUCUGGGACUGCGAUGGGUCUAUGCUGCCAGCGACCAUGGAAAUGCUUGGCAGCAGCAGCCAGUGCCAAAUUGGCAGCCCAACAGUUUCAACCCGCAGCCCUCCGUGCCCGCCGGGCCAGGCUUCAUGUGGAGCUUCGAACCCGGAGAUCAUGGUUGGACGCAAAUUUGCAUUCCAGGAUGGCAGCGCCACAUGAACGAGCCUCCUGGUUUGCGAGCUGGCUUGGGCUUCAUGUGGAGAGAGGGUCCCAUUGGUUCCUGGCAGCAGGUGCCUGUUCCUCGUGGGUUCCGGGCCAGCUGUGAGGAUAAGCCGCCCAUGGCCGGCUUUGUUUCAGCAGGCAAAGGAUUCAUGUGGAAGUGUGCGAAAGAGCACGAGGUAUCGGCAUGGACACAGGUCCAUCGUGAUUCGACGGGUGACAGACCAGAUGCUCCUCCCCACGAGCCUCCUGGAAACGGUUUGAUGUGGAUCUUUCAAAACGGAGCCUGGCAGCAGCAUUUCAUCCCUGGCUGGACCGCUCGUGAUGCCCCUCACUUGCCAGCUGGCGCAGGGCUCAUGUGGAAUCGAGUCACGCUGAAUGGUCGGGGGGUGUGGCGUCAGGACAUCAUCCCUGACUGGGAUGUAGACAGUGCGGCGCAUCCUCCGUCAGAGCCAGCCGGGCAAGGUUUUAUGUGGCAGUAUGUGGACAAGGGUGGGCAGAAGGAGUGGACCCAAGAAGAGAUCAGGGACUGGUAUGCCGACAGUGCAAAUCACCCACCGAGGGAGUAUGCUGGCAAUGGUGAGAUGUGGAGGUUCGUCUCGCACAAGGAUGCUCCAGGUCUUUGGACCCAAGUUGCUAUACCCGAUUGGCACACACUUGACCAGUUCAAUCCUCCAACCCCCGUUGCUGGAAAUGGAUUCAUGUGGCAUUUCGAUGAGCAGACUGGGCGCUGGAAGCAGCUGAGAAUAGCAGGGUGGAUAAACGCGACCAGAGCUCAUCCUCCGGAGGUCCCGGCGGGCGUGGGCUACAUGUGGAAGUGGUACAAGGAGAACGGGGAAAGGCACUGGCACCAAGCCAAGCUGAGCCUGUCGGACUUGACCAAUCCGCAUCGCCUGCCAAGUCAGCCGGCCGGCCAGGGCUUCAAGUGGGAGUAUCAGGAAUCUGGGCAGCCGCAUUGGGAGCAGAUGACGCAUCCCGUCCUUGACCUAGCUGCAAAGAUGCUGAUGUCGGAUUGGUCCUUUCAUGAGUCUGCUUCUGCGCUGGCUGAAAUGAAGCGCGCGAUGCCGGAGCUUCGCAAGGCCGCUUUCGCAAAUUUCUCGGCCCUGCCGAAGCUUAUCAGCACAUUCGAGAGCAGAGAGCUGCUACUCGCGAGCUUCGGUGCUUCCGAGAAGCGCAGUCAGGCCCUCGUGGAGCUCCGGUCACUUUUCACACACUUUGACGUGCGGAACCAGGGCAGUCUCAGUGCCCAGGAUCUGAAAGCUGUGCUGGUUAAGAGUGGAAUGGGAGGCGUGGCAGCCGAGCGGGUUUGCCACGCCCUCGAUCACCGACGAGAUGGACAGAUUACCUGGACUGAGUUCACUGCAGCUGCGAUGUGGUAUGUUGUUUGUCGGAACAAUCGUGCCAUCGAUGCAGCCUUCGCUACUUUUGAUGUUGACCAGGACGGGCGGAUUACUGCCCGUGAUCUGCAGAGCGUCCUCGCGGACGAAAAAGGCCGCGAAGCAUGGCACAAGCACAUGCCUACGCUCUUCGAGGACAUUGAGAAGCAAGAAAUUACUUCUAUACAGAGGCAGGGUCCUACCGUGACAGCUUCAUGCCGCGUUCAGCUGUGCCAUCCCGCGAGGACGGCACGAAACGCAAUUCGCAGUUUCAUGCAUGUCUUGAAGAAGGAGGUGCCGCGGGGACGCAGCCUUCAAUCCUCAUCCUGCCUCCACUUUCCUCCGAGUGCACACCGUCAACUCGCCAACUAA